GGCAAUCGCAGGCCCUAGGGGCUCCAACGUACCUCAGUGUGAUCCUGCUGUGCGUCAUUAUGCGGGCCCUUGCGCUUUCGCUGUGCUUGGCAGCAACCUGCGGCCUGGCGCUGGCGAAUGAGCAGCGCCGCCUGACCAUGAAGCCUCUGAGCCUGGCAACUCCUACCGCCGCCACCACCGCCUCCGACGCGGCCCCAGGUAGCGAUUUUCUGGGUACUUUGCUCUGAACCGCACUUACGACGCGCACAUGUUCUUCUUCUACUUCCAAGCCCGGAGCGACCCGGAGAACGCCCCUGUUGUGCUGUGGAUGACAGGAGGCCCGGGAUGCAGUUCCGAGCUGGCUGUCUUUUUUGAGAACGGCCCCUGGACCAUCAACCCGGAUGACCUAAGCCUCACUGAGACCAAGCACGGCUGGGACACAAACCAUCACAUGAUCUUCGUCGACCAGCCAAUCAACACAGGCUUCAGCUACAGCGCAGAUUCGCGAGACUCGUGCUAUGACGAGACAUGUGUGUCCAACGACAUGCUGGACUUUCUGAGCGAGUUCUUCAAGGCGCGGCCUGAGCUGCAGGGCCGCCCCUUCUUUGUCACAGGCGAGAGCUAUGCAGGCCACUACGUGCCGGCAGUGGCCAGCCGGGUGUUCCACGCCAGCAAGUCGGGCGAGGUGGAGCCGCCCAUCAACCUGCAGGGCCUGGCAAUAGGCAAUGGCCUCACCGAUCCUGCGAUCCAGUAUGGGGCAUACAGCGACUAUGCUCUGAUGAACGGCCUCAUUGGACAAGCCCUACACGAUCGUCUCAAAAUGCUCUACCCGUCGUGCCGCCUGGCACUGGAAGUAUGCGACGGUUUGGACUUUGCCUUCGAGUGCCUACUCGCGGUACAGUGGUGCCAGAUGUCUCAGUUUGCGCCGAUAAUGCUGGUUAAUGGUGGUAUGAAUGUGUAUGAUAUAAGAAAAGAGUGCGAAGGCCCACUGUGCUACCGCGAGUUUGAGGUGCUGGACAAGUACCUGAAUCAGGAUGAUGUGAGGGAAAAGCUGGGCGUCGGCGACCUGCGCUGGGAGGCUUGCAACAUGGAGGUGCACUCAGAGAUGAUGAGCGACUGGGGCCACAACUACGACAUUGUGCUGCCAGAGAUGCUGGCGGCCGGGGUUCGGGUGAUGAUCUAUGCCGGCGAUCAGGACUUCAUUUGCAACUAUGUUGGGAACCAGCAGUGGGUGGAUGUGCUGCCCUGGCACGGCGCCAAGCGCUGGGCUGUUGCGGAAGACGAGCCGUGGACAGUUGAGGGCGUGGCCGCGGGCACCGUGAAGUCGGUGGGACCGUUCAGCUUUGUGCGCGUCUUCAAGGCGGGCCACAUGGUGCCCAUGGACCAGGCGAAAAAUGCGCUGGACAUGAUCACCCGCUUCACACACGGCCCUACCUCAGCAGGCACCAGCAAGCGCGUGUCGGGCGCCACCUGGCAGCUGCGCAGGGCCAUGCCCGGCAAGGACGCCGUGCUUUUCGCCGGCGCCGAACAGUGAUCUUGCCCGUGGAGGGAGAUGGCAGGCAGCGCAUGCCUUCUGGUAGCGUGGCGCCUGCUCACGAAUCCACUACCUCUGUCACCAUUCUCUGGUGCUGAAGCCCCUCUGUAUGCCCCUCUGUAUGCCCCUCUGUACCACCCCGCAUCUUUCAUCGUCUGCAACCUGCGCGUGCAUGCGUCCCUCCCAAGCCUCAAUUUUGCCUGUAGCUAGCGUGCUUGUCACCAAGAGGCACAUCAGCACACCAUGUAAUAUAAACAAGGAU